GUUGUCACACCUUGCUCAGGGCUUGUACAGCUCAUGAAUGCCAGGUUUUCUUGGUCGUCAUCAAGGUUUUCGAGGUGUGAAGAUGGCACCCACCCAGUCACUCCGUGGGCGUCUACAAAACACUAGCCUUAAAGACACGAAUAUCAAUCAGGGGUUUACGCUUGGCCGCGCGGAUGUCAGUCAGAGGGGAACUUAAGUAAACUUUAGUUUAUUAAUGCUAACUUAUUGUAAGCAACGAGCUGCGAGCCCAGAAGAAGACACGGCCCCGAGCAAAGUGGACAACAUGGACAGACACGCGUUCCUUAGCGGGACUCCUUUCGGUGCAUUACACCCCAUGAUGGAGCUAAAGCCACACUGCAUCGCGCCGUAUCCCCCACCAUCUCCAAGCAGCUCACCGCCACUUUCUCCCGGCAUUACAAGACUCGCAAAGCCUCUAGCUUCUAGACCUGUACCACGACCAACUUCGCACUCCAUCGAGAGCAUUCUUAGUAAAGAUCGCGAGGAGAAAGUAGCAUCACUGUCGCCCCCUCCUGCCAUGAGAAUUCGUCCAUUUUACUUGCCGCCACAUCGUUACGACUACCAGCGUCUUUCCCCAGUGUACUGGCCGGGACUCUAUCAUCAUCCAUGGAGAGAUCGCAUUGCAGCCACAUCCCCUAGAUGUAACAGCACGGAGGACGACAGCAAGAGAAAGCAUACCAGACCUACCUUCAGCGGUCAUCAAAUUUUCGCACUUGAAAAAACAUUUGAACAGACAAAGUACCUGGCUGGACCUGAGCGUGCGCGUUUGGCGUAUUCUCUAGGAAUGACCGAGAGCCAAGUAAAGGUUUGGUUCCAGAAUCGCCGCACGAAAUGGCGCAAGCGACACGCUGCAGAAAUGAACAUAAAGCGAAAAGAAAUCUCCGGUAACGAGUCAAGCCACGAGGAAAGUGACAACGAGGGUGCACAAGAAAACGAUUCCUCAAGUCCUGAGCCCACAAAAAAGACAACGACUUGAUACAAGUUUAUUGAGUUUUUUCUGUAACUUGUUGGCACGACAGUAAAAUUCGCUGGCGUGCCAAAUUGCCUCGGUGGGUGUUUGCAGACUUCAAACAGCAGGUGUUUAAAGUGUGACUGCAAUUAUUUCAAAUUAUUGCCCCAUAAAAUGCAAUUAAGCUAUAGAUUUCAUUAUGUUUAUAAAACUCGAGAUUAGGAUGCAUAAAAAAAAACAGCAUUCCCGCUCCAUCUUUGGACAUCAUGUAGUCAGAGGAAAUGCACUUGUAAAAAACAUAUUCUGUAUCGACUUUGAAGAGCUCUUGGUAAGAAGAGCUUUUUUUAUAAAAUCGAGGAAAGGUCUCCAACUUCUAUUCGUAUGACGAAUUCCAACCAGAAAUGAUCAUCAAAAUGGUAAAGAAAAUCUAAUCGUGAGAAAUCCUUGUCUCUUUAUGAAUAACUAAGGUAUGGGUUUACGGAUAAUAAACUGUAUCAACUAGUGUG